AUGGCGACCCUUCUGCGCCUCCGAGGGGCCGCCGGGCUGCAGCUCGCUCGGCGCGGUCGGCGCUCGGAGAGAUCUUGUGCCCCCCCACACCCCACCCCGGAAUCGCUUCUCUUGCCCGCAGGCCCCCACCCGCACACACGCCAAAGAAGCGGUCACGUCCGUUUGAAGAAGCAGCCGAGCCGCCGACAGCUAAACUGGGCGCUGCCAGGGGACGACUCGCCAGACGCCCCGCGCCCAAUCUCCCGCUGCGCAGCGUCCGAACGGCAGAAGUCGGCUUAUUUGCAGCUCCGGCGACCCCCGAGCGGAAGGGACAUCCCCCCGGGCGAUCUUGCGGCCGGGCGGCCGGCGCGAGUCCGGCGAGGAGGACACACCGGCGGGCCGGGAGCUGUCCAGCCUUUCAGCAGCCGCCCCUCUGGCCCUCGCAACGCGCCGGACCGCGCACCGGGGGACAGGCCGGCGAAUAAGGCCGGAGAGGCCGACGAAGGCCCGGCGGCGCCCUUUCCUCGCGCACCCCAGGCGCACCCGUCCCGUCCAGGGCACCGGGAUGAUUUGCCAUCCUUCUGCAAUCCCCAUUCAUGUCACGGGCGUUUAAUCCCACAGCCGAAGGCGCCGGGCUGGGGCAGGCGGCAGAGCUCCCGCUGUCUCGGGCCUUCGCUGUCUUCGACUCCCUUUGUCUCGUUCCCGAGCCUCCGCGGGGCCCGGGGGCCUGAAGGCGGCCCUCCGCGAAGCUCCGGGCAAAAAGGCCCGCCGGUGACCGCCGGGAUUGCGGAGAGGCCCGGGCCCGGGAGCGGGCGGAAGGUCCAGGUGCCCCCCUCCCUCCCGGGGGGCAGCCCGCGGCCCGACUCCUGCGCCCCAACCCCGCCGGGACACUCUCCGAGGGUCCACGGGCAGACCUUUCUCUCCGCCCGGCCAAAUGGGAAACCCCCGGGGGCAGGGAAGGGGGACCCUGUUCGGGAAGGGCAGCAGCAGCAGCCCGAGUCCCCCGGCGCCCCCGCUUCCUCUCAGAGAGCCUUCUCAGCCGAGGAGGGGGUCCUUGAAGCUCCCCGCUCUCUUCCCCCUGACCCCUCCAGACCUGCGCUGGGAGUCGCGUGUUCGGAGCUCCCGAACCCAGAACUCCCGGGCACGUCUGAAGAGGCGCCGGGGGCUUGCAGCUCCGCCUUCUGCCGCCUGCUGCUCGGGGCGGGGGUCGCGCGGGUCACUCCAGUGUUACACAAUCCCAACGUGGAUGUGGAGCUGGUGAUCUUUGGUACCAGCAUGUCUCCAGAUGUGUCGGCACACCUUCAAGAUGUAGUGGUGGGUCUCUGA